AUCAAAAAUGGCCGCUGAUGAAGACCGUGAGAUUUUGCUGUAACGUCGGAAACAUCAGAGUUUGUUCGGAGUUCAGCUUACAUGAGUACACAUCUCGCAUGAUCACGUAGUUCACGACCGUAACUUUUACCUUCAAUUCCUCGCCUGGCCAUUGUUUCCGGGAAUGACUCGUCGUGCUUCACAUUCACGUAUACCUCCUACGACUCCUACACCAAGUGUUCUAAGUACGUUUGCCCUGGAAGUUGCCUGCUCGUCCCUUCUCCGGAAGAGUGGGAAAUAACUGCUUACCAGCGCGUUUGUAUAAGAGAGUGUGCGCAGUUGGAGAACACAUCACAAUAUGUCGUAACACUAAGAGACGAUGGUUUCUUACAAGGGGACAUUGCGAAUUAUACAUGUAAACCAGGGUAUAGUUAUCAAAGCGGAAACCUUACAAGGAUAUGCCAGGACAAUAACAGUUGGUCAGGUAUCGCCCCAACUUGCGUUGCUGAUUGUGGACUGCCGACAACGAUUAUGAACGGCUCCUACACUUUGUCUCAAGGAACCAUACUUGGCAGCGCAGCUACAUACAUGUGUCAAGCAGGGUUCAAGCUAGUAAAUUUAGCUUCCAAUCUGACAUGCGGUUCGAGUUCUCAGUGGAUCGGUACACAGCCAGAAUGUAAGAUAAUUGAGUGCGGCCAGCCUUCAGAUGUGAAAAAUGGAUCAUACAAUCUUUCAUCCGGUACUCACUACGGUAGCAUUGGAACGGCGACGUGCGUCGCAGGGUUGCGUGCCGUUGAUGAACACAUCGCAAUACGCCGUAACAAUAACAGGUGGUAUUCCACAAGGGGCAAUCGCGAUUUACACGUGCAACCUUGGACAUAUCUAUCACAGCGGGAACCUAACACGGGAACCACAUUACACAGCACAGCGACUUACCAGUGUCAAGCCGGGUUCCAGCUAGCCAAUGGGAAUUCCAAUCUGACAUGCGGUUCGAGUUCUCAGUGGAUCGGUACACAGCCAGAAUGUGAGAUAAUUGAGUGCGGCCAGCCUUCAGAUGUGAAAAAUGGAUCAUACAAUCUUUCGUCCGGAACUCACUACGGUAGCAUUGGAACAUCGACGUGCGUCGCAGGGUACGAGAUCCAUGGAACUGCAAAUAUCAUGUGUGAUAUUAAUGGCGAUUGGAACGGUUCUUUUCCCGACUGUACUCCAGUUGAUUGUGGAUCGGCGCAAAACAUUGAAAACGAAAAUGUCACUUCAACCGGAACAACAUUUGGGCAUACUGCAACCUAUAACUGUGUGUCGGGCUUUGAAUUAGUUGGACCAAACCUGUUGACAUGCAAUGCGUCGUCCGAAUGGGAACCAUAUGAACCAAAUUGCGUUGCUGAUUGUGGACCACCAACACAGAUUAUGAACGGCUCCUACACUUUGUCUCAGGGAACCACAUUAAGCAGCACAUCGACUUACCAGUGUCAAGCAGGGUUCCAGCUAGCCAAUUGGAAUUCCACUCUGAUAUGCGAUGAGAAUUCUCAAUGGAUCGGUUCACAACCAGAAUGUGAAAUAAUUGAGUGCGGCCAACCUCCCAAUGUGAAAAAUGGAUCAUUUAGUCUUUCGUCCGGAACUCAGUACGGUAGCAUUGCAACGGCGUCGUGCGUCGAAGGGUACGAGAUCCACGAAACUGCAAAUAUCAUGUGUGGUGAUAAUGGCAAUUGGAACGGAUCUCUUUCCGACUGCGCUCCAGUUGAUUGUGGAUCGGCGCAAAACAUUUUAAACGGACAUGUCGCUUCAACAGGAACAACCUUUGGAUAUACUGCAACCUAUUACUGUAUUACAGGCUUUGUAUUAGCUGGACCUAACCUGGUGAAAUGCAAUGCGUCGGCCGAAUGGGAACCAUAUGUACCAAGUUGCCAAGUUAAGAAUACCAGUAUUGAAAGCGUUCCCAAGAAUCUCUACAUUAUGCCGUGCAUUUGUUACAACAAGACGUUCACUGGACUGACGGAGGAGCAGAUAAUAGCUCAGUUGAUACAGAACAUGUCCAUAGACACGCGCAACACCAGCAUGGCGCUCAACAAGCUACGCUGCAGGCAAGAUGACCGACCUUUCUGUGUUAUAACCGGUUACAUUACUAUCGGAGUCAUCGGCGGGAUGUUUCUACUGUUGGUUCUCUCAGAUGUCCCCAGGCUUAUCCACGAUUUUCGAUUCUAUUUUUAAUAAAAUAAAACGAAACACUGCAUAAUAUAAUUACACCAUAUAAAUGCGUACUUGUCCCAAAGUAAUCCACGUGAUAAUGAGUAAACAUGUUAAGUGUAUUAAUAUAUUUAAUGGCACAGCCAGCUUUAGUGAUCCUAACCAAGCAGUUUGGCUACAGGCUUUACGAAACAGUUGCGAAGUAGAUGGUUUAAUAAUGAUAUGAUAGUUUGAAAACAAUUAUUUGUACAUUCCGUUAAUUAUAUUGGCGAUUAUGCAUGUGAGUUUCUUUUUUAUUGUGUAUUUCUUAAUAUUCUCCGUGCAUUCCAUGUCAGUUACAUAGACGAAUGUGCGUGUGUGUUUCUUUUUAUUGUGUGUUUCUUAAAAUAAUUUGAUCAUUCCGAGUUAAUUGCAUAGGCGAAAUGUUUGGCUUGUGUUUUUUUUUAAUUUUUUUUUGUCCAAAUAUUUUAAUAGCCUCUUCUAAUGUGGAAUGUGGAUGUCUUAGAAAAAGAAGUAAUACAAUAACACAGGAAAAUCUUUUUCUCAAUGAAAGAUAAUCUUGUUACGAUUGGAGCAUCCUUUUAAAUAUAAAGGAACUGCGAUAAACUGUUGUGCACCUCUGUGUAUGUAAGCUAGAAGAGUUGUUCCACACCAAUCAGCAAGAAUAUGUCGACUAAACACUGGUUAUAAAAAUAGACAUGCACAACACCAGCAUGGCGAUCUGCAAGCUAGGAUGCCGGCAAGAUGACCGACCUUUCUGUGUUACAACCGGUUACAUUGCUAUCGGAGUCAUCGGCGGAAUGUUUCUACUUGUGGUUCUCUCAGAUUUCCCGAGACUUAUCCACGACUUUAGAUUCUAUUUUUAAUUACAUAACUUAAAAAAAACUACACCAUAUAAAAACAGCAGAUUAAUGCAGUACUUGUCCCAAAGUAAGCCACGUUAUAAUUAAUAAACAUGUUAAGUGUAUGAAUAUAUUUAAGGGCACAGCCAGCUUUAGUGAUCCUUACCAAGCAGUUUGGCUACAGGCUUUAUGACAUUAUUCAUGUAAAAAAAUUAUCAAAUGAAACGGAAAUAUGUCUGACCCGCAUAAACGUGAUCUGCAGGAAAACACUAUAAAAUAUAAGAAAACGGUUUCAUUUGAAACGUUUUGAAUCAUAUUACUAAAAGUAUAAACCUACGGACUUACAUAGAUGAUUAAAUAUUUGUUCAUGACAUUUACGAAACAGCUCCGAAGUAGAUGGUUUUAUAAUGAUAUGUUUUUGAAUAAAAUUCUUUGUACGUUCCGUUAAUUAUAUUGACGAAUGUGCAUGUGCGUUUCUUUUUGCUUGUAUAUUUCUUACAAUUUUCUGUGCAUUCCAUGUCAGUUACAUAGAAGAAUUUGCGGGUGUAUUUCUUUUUAUUGUGUGUUUAUUGUGUGUUUCUUGCUUACUCUGAACAUUUCGAGUUAAUUACAUAGGCGAAUGUGUUUUGCUUGUUUUUUUAUAUAUCUUUUUUGUCCAAAUAUUUAAAUAGCCUCUUCUUAUGCGGAUGUCUUAGAAAAAGAAGUAAUACAAUAAAACAGGAAAACUCUUUUUUUAAAUGAAGGAUAAUCUUGUAACGAUAGAAGACUCCUUAAACUAACAAAGGAACUACGUUUAACUGCUGUGCACUUUUGUUCAUGUAAACAAGAAGAGUUGCUCCUGACCAAUCAGCAAGAAUAUGUCGACUUACCAGUGGUUAUCACAGCCGUCGCAAAUAAAAUUGUGCAGGUCUAAAAAAACUAGAAGUUUAAUCAACGUUCUCUUCAAUAUGGAAUAAUGUUUUUUCAAUUGUUGCAUAAAUAUGUUUGUAUCAAUUUGCAUUGAUCUUGGGUUUUUAAUAAAGGCGUAGAUUUAACCAA